AUGCGUAACCUUGUUGUCCUUGGCGGUUCUUCUCACCCAGAAUUCACCGAAAAAGUAUGUCAUCGAUUGGGUAUUUCACCUGGUAAAACCCGUCUUGGCAAAUUCUCGAAUAACGAAACCAGUGUGGAAAUGAAAGAAUCUGUACGAGGUAAAGAUGUCUAUAUUAUCCAAAGUGCUUGUGGUUCUGUCAAUGAUAAUUUCAUUGAACUACUGAUCAUGAUCAAUGGCUGCAAGAUUGCCUCUGCUAAGCGUAUUACAGCCGUGAUCCCUUAUUUUCCUUAUUCACGUCAACCUGAUGUGCCAUUCAAACCCUCAGGUGCACCCUUGACAUUUUUACCUCCUCAAACACCUCCUGUUCAAACACAUCCUGUCAAAGUGGAUGAUGUGUCUAAGCAACUUAUUCGCCAAUUAGGACAAGCAUCUGUUCAAGACAGAAAAAAGGAAAAUGCACCUUAUCGUGAAUGGAGAGCACGUCCUGGUGUCUUGAUUGCUGAUCUAUUGACUUGUGCAGGUGCUGAUCAUGUGAUCACCAUGGAUCUUCAUGAUGCUCAAUAUCCAGGCUUUUUUGAUUGUCCUGUGGAUAAUUUGACCAGUAUCUAUACAGCCAUCAACUAUAUUCGUCUUAAUAUUCCUAAUUAUUCUGAAGCCAUCAUUGUCUCUCCUGAUGCAGGUGGUGCUAAAAGAGCCACGUCCAUUGCAGAGAAAUUAUGUAUGGAUUUCGCACUUGUCCAUAAAGAAAGACCCAAGAUCCAAUCCCAAAAAAAGGAAUCUAUCCUUGUAGGUGAUGUACGUGGACGUGAAUGUAUCUUAAUUGACGAUAUUACCGACACUUCUUACACCAUCACAAAAGCAGCACGACUAUUAAAAGAAAAGGGUGCACAUAAGAUUUAUGCUUUAGUGAGUCAUGCUAUUCUUUCGGCUGAUGCUGUGAAUCAUAUUGAUGCCAGUGCUAUCGAUGAAUUGAUUGUAUCUAAUUCAGUGCCUCAAGGACAGCAUCCUAAAAUCAAAGUAUUUGAUGUUACUUCUUUGUUUUCAGAGGCUAUUCGUCGUACUCAUUUUGGUGAAUCUCUUUCCAAGUUAUUUGAAGAAGCAUAA